AUCGGCUCAGAGCCGUCCCGAAUCCGGUCGGCCAUGAAGGGACCCUCUCGGACGGGCCGACAAGGUGUGGGGGAUAUCCAGUACCCUGUGCCGCUCUUUGUCCAUAACACCUUCAUCGAGGCCGAGACCGGGAGACCUGCCUCGCUGGAGGGCUUCUUUCACGAGCGCCAGGUCUUCUCCUGCCCGGGCAGCAGGAUCGACGAGGAUGACACCUCCGCCCCCAGGCGCAUGCCCUAUCAGCCCGGGGAGCAGCUCAUGCGCUCCGCCGCCUUGGACCCCUUGAAGGACGAGGUCGAGCCCAGCCCCGGAGCUCAGGCGAGCGUUCCCCGGGAGGAGGAGCGGUCCGAAUGCAGCACAGCCGAUACCGGCUCUUUUGCGCGGAACCUCUGUGCGGCGGCUCCCGAGCUGCCGGUGCUGCGGCUCGAGGCGGCGCUCAGCUCCGUGCCCUUGGAGAAGCUGGAGAACUACAGCAUGGGCGCUGCCGGGCACGAGGUGCGACAGUGCAGGCCCUGCGCGUUCUUCCACACCAAGGGCUGCUCCUCCGGACGGGACUGCGAGUUCUGCCACCUCUGCCCCAAGGGUGAGAAGCAAAGACGCCAGAAGGAGAAGCGUGCCUUCUUUGGCGCCAUGCGCUCCCUCCAGAAGAUCGCCGCAGAGUCUUGGCCCUUCCGCUCCAGCGAGCCUUCGGCCGCUUCCUCGCAAAUCGCCGAAGCGGAAGCGCCCGCGCCCCCCGCGCCGAGCGCGGGGGACGGUCUGGGGCCGUGAGGAAUGCGGAUGAUUCCUAUGCGAUCACUGGCUAGUGAUCGUGUUGCAUGUGCCGAUUGGGUCCAUCAAGAGGCCUACUCGACCCGAGGCAGUUUGAAGAAGCGUUCUUCAUCGCGGUGAGCAAAGGGAAACCAGUGG